AUGCGAAGCCGCGUCCAACCUCAAUUCCAACCCUCGCCAUUUUCACCCCUUAGUGACCAUGGCCGUCUGACGGUUCACCAAGGCAACAGCGGUGGCGUUGAGACUUUGCCGACUAUCAGUGAGGACACGGUAGACUACAAUGAGCGGGUAAUCAGCCUCGGUCGAAUUCUCCAUGGAAUCGAUGAACGCACCACGGUCAACGGGUACUUGAGGAUGAGAGCCGGCCGACGUGCAAAGGUUAUGGCACUUAUCGAAGCCAAGGCACGCCCCCGAUUGACAUACGAACCGCAGGUAUCGAUGCAGGAGGGCGCUCAGAUUGUGGCGCUCUUGAAGGACAAGAAGCCACCAGCGGGAGAGUAA